GUUCGUCCACGUUCCUACAACGUGUGCCUAUCACGCAUCCUUCAUCGUAACUCCUUCCAAUGAGUCCGGCUCAACCACCAGAAGAUCUACUGAAGCGUCUUGUCGAGGAUUUAGUUUUCCUGUUUGAAGAACUUUUACCCGUUGUACAAACCCAAAUCGACAACGAAAAGGCUUUGGGAGAGCGCGUCCAAUUUGCCGCAAAUGAGUACGAGCGUCUCUUAGCUGCGGGAAGCAGUUCCUCUAUUCCAUCUGUCUCUCCGAGUGACGUUGCGAAACGUCUUCGUCAACCUUUGACAGCCUCCCGACUUCCCCAAGCCUGGAAAAUUCAGAAAACUCAAGAAGCGAUCCAGUAUUACAGGAUGUUGCACACAAAGGAACCUCCACGGAGUGGUGCACUGAAAUGCCCAAUCGCACAUCAUGCCACUGAUCCUGAGGAUCUCGAGCGAGAUUUUACAACUCCUGGUGUACAGGGCAAUCUGGGAUGUCCCUUUGCUAAAAUGUCGAACGGCAUCUCCCACCCCUUGAACCUCGAGGAAGAUCCCAUUGCGGCGGAAUUCCACCAAGACGAAAACUCUACUCGGUCACCUAACGACCAGCGACCAGGUCAGUGCCCUAUACGCUUUCUUGACCAACAUUCCCCGGAAGAGGUUGCCAAGUAUUUCGAAAACCACAAGCAUGAAAUACCCCGCAGUCAUGAAAUUUGCGUCAGAAGAUACCAGGCGAAUGAGACGAGUGCUCGCCAACUUGAUGCCAAGUAUGGUAGCCUGGUCAACAUGAUACAAGGCCUUGGAGUUAAGCAUAAGGCCUAUCUUCCAGAGCGAGACCGUAUUGAAGAGCGAGACAAAGCGUCUAGCAACAACGUCGAGAAAUGGGCCGAAACGGUGAGCAAUGAUGCUGCACCGGUCACUAUGGACACAUCGGCAGCUGAUGAAGAGCGCCGCGUAUCACAUUUUGAGCGCCCGCUGCGCGAAGUCCGCGUUGGAGAGUCUCCAAGCCGACCUUGGGGAAUUUCCGUGCCAGCUAACAAAGAGGUUCCCCCGAGUGCUCUGCAAUCAGAAGACGGUGUUGCGCAUUUGAAGAUCGACCCAGAAGAUUCUCGGGCUUCACCCCCAACAAAGCCUUCCAGGUGCCCGGUAGACCACGGUCAGGCUCAGCAGGCUGAGAGGCCAGCUCCCAAAAGCGAACCUGAUCUCGUCAAAGACCCAGAUUCACGAACACAGAUCAUCUUCAAUGGACCUGUUUUUUUCGGAUACUCGGCUGAUCAGGUGGCUGCGUUACUACAGCAGACCAAUCUGGGUGGUGCUCGCCCAGCUGAGGGCCAAUGAUUUUGGCUUUCCAUGUAUAAACCUGUUGAUUUUAGAGCGUUAUGAGCGACAUGAUGAUUUCCACGACGACACGAUGACUUGAGAUGACGACCAUCUUAUAAUAGCUUGUGCUAAGCAGCAAUGUACGAUUACUUUGAUACUAUACUGUUCAAGCCAAAUUUAGAUAUGUAUUUGAAUGUAGGCACGCAAGGAGUCAACCUGUCCAUAGUGGCAGAAUGGCCAGAAUCGAGGUUGAACUAUGAAGGUCCAUGAAUUUGUUCUAGCAACGGGUGUGAAAAAUCCACCAGCUCUAGCAAGCAAGCUCGCAUAACGCGAGACUUGCAAGCCG